UAACCUUUUCUUAUCCAUGCUUUAGAUCCUGUUGUAAUGCAUUCUGAAGAUGAUAAAGGUCAUACUGAAAAAAACAAGACAAGAAUCAAGGUCAUCAAGACGCGUGCUCAGAUUGAAGGCCUUGAGAAAUUUUAUAAGGAACAUAAAUAUCCUACAGAAUCAAUGAAAUCAGAACUGGCACAGUCAUUAGGAUUAACAGAAAAGCAGGUUUCUGGGUGGUUUUGUCAUAGGCGGUUGAAAGACAAGAGGCUAUUAAGUCGGGAAGCAUAUGCAAAUGGAAGACAAGAUCGUUCAAGUGGUGUCAUUCAGGACCGGGGCAGCGGUUUUAAGCAGGAUUCUUGCGGAAGUACUAAGCAAGGAGAUGAUAAGAAUUUUGAUCAUCGGGAAGUUGAGAGUAGAAGAUUAACUGCCCGAGAAGUCUCAGCUGCGGAUGUUACAUAUGAAGUUGGUACUCAGUAUAGAACAGAGUCUAAUCUCAUGGAGGAUACACCUUCACGAAGUAGCUCUUCCUUACGGGAUGCAUGUUUUUCACAAAAUGUGGAAUCAUUUGAUAUGGCAACAUCGAGAUACCUAUCGUGUAAUGUACCUACUGAUCUUAAGAGUGUGAAACCAAGAACUGGCCCAUCCGGGUACUUAAAGGUGAAAGGCCAGGUAGAAAAUGCUGCAAUUACUGCUGUGAAGAGGCAAUUGGGAAGUCUCUACCGACAGGAUGGUCCACCACUUGGUGUUGAAUUUGAUCCACUUCCACCUGGUGCUUUUGAAUCAUCAGUGCAAAAUCUUGUUGACAAACCUGAAUAUGCUGGAGAACCUGUUCCAGCGCUUGCACCAGAUUUCUCUAAAGUGUACAAGCAAUCGAAUUCAUGCAUAGGAUAUGGAUCCAUUUCCAAGACAAACUCUCAUGUCCCUGAUUUGGAAGGUGCAAGUUUCAAAAAAUCACUCAAGUCUGCUCAUCCCGAAUAUUACUUCAACCAAAAGCCUGGUCAGAAUUCCUCUAUUCAUGAUGGUGAUUGUUACUAUCUUGGGCGGGACUCAUCAAUAGACAUGUACAAAGGUUCCGGAAGAGAAGUGGUGCUUGAUGGCAGAUGCAACUAUAAGUAUAUGGCUAAACAUGAUGGUGCAGAAAUUAGAACUGGUACUAGCUCUAGCAAUGGUUUUCGAAGUCCCCGCACUGGACAAGUCAAUGGAGAGCAGGUGAAGCCUAGGUUCACUAGCUGCAACGAAAUGAACCUUAAGAUUAUGGAGGAGGAAGAUCUUGAAUGCAAGCCUUCAAAUUUUGUCCUGAAGGGAAGUAAGCAUCGUUAUUGUCCAGACAGAGCGCUUUCCAGUAAAGUUGAAAAGGAUUACAUCCAUGUGGACAGACCAGCAGUUGAUGAAAACUAUAAUCUAGAUCGCGUGAAAAUACCCUGGGAGAAUGAAAUGAGGGCUGCCAAAAGAGCAAGGGAUGAAUCCCCUAACCAUCAAGAAUAUCCGAGGAAAGCAUCAGUGACACAAUGUGAUCCCAGACAAAUCAUCGGAUGAGGUUUGACCAUGUUUAAUAUCUUGAUUUCUACUCCUUAAGUAUGUGUUCUAUGCAGUCAUGAGCAUGCAACUUAUUUGGACAUAUAUGGCUCCAUUUUGAGAUAUUUGACUGGAUAUCAUUGUUGUGGAGAAUCUUUUUAGUUCUUAGAUGGCUUUUGUUGAACUGAUUUUAAACUUAGAUUUGUGAUGUAAAGAACAGAAGAAUAUAUGGCUGAAAGUCGUGCCUCUCAUAAGUGAUAAGUCUCCAUUACCUUUUCUUUCCCAUUCAUAGAAGAUUGAUUUACGACACUGCAGAACGAUGUACGGUCCAUCUUCUGGACAUUGUGCAUAGCAUAGUGUUCGAUAUAAAUGUUUCUAGCUUUAUA